UAUACUGAUUAUAUCAACAUGAUCAUUAAAUUAAUUAAUUAUCUCUGUCUGUUUAAUUGUAGAAUCAAAACAGACUCCACAUUUGAAACUAGUGCUGCUGGGGAAGGAAAGAGUAAAGGCUUCAAUAUCUAAAACUUUAUUGGGUGAAAAGGCCUCAGUGAUCCAGACAGAGUCCGGCUCGAUGUGUGUAAAGCAGGGAGAAGUGCGUGGACACCUGAUCACGCUGGUGGAGAUGCCUGCUCUCCACAACACUCAGCUCUCAGAACAGGAAGUGAUGCGUCAGACUCUACACUGUGUCUCCGUCUGUGAUCCUGGAGUUCAUGCUUUCUUCAUCAUCGUUCCUGAAGGUCGUCUCACUGAUGAAGAUAAAGGAGAAAUAGAGUUGAUUCAGAGGAUCUUCAGCUCCAGAGUUUAUGACCACACCAUAUUCAUCAUCAACCAGCAGUCCCAGAAGAAACAGUUAGAUGAGACACUUCAGUCUGUGAUAAAGGCAUGUGGAGGACAAUAUACAUUCUACAGCAGCAGAACAGAUGCAGCAGAACUGAUUACAUGUGUGGAAAAGCUUCUUAAACAGAACAGCAGUUGUCUGUAUACGAUGGCCAUGUACUCUGAUGCCCAGCUUGAAACACAGCUGCAGUACAAAAGAGAAAUUGGAAAUCUGACACAUCAAAUGGCUGAACUGAAGAGAAACAGAAAUCAAACACUAGAUUUAUUGAAAAACCCUGACACACUCAGAAUUGUGCUGUUGGGGAAGACCGGAGUUGGGAAGAGUGCAACAGGAAACACCAUUCUGGGGAAAGAGGUAUUUAAUGAAGACCUGUGUGGUGAAUCAGUGACCAGUGUAUGUCAGAAAGAGACAGUAGAAGUCAAUAAGAGAGAGAUUACUGUGAUCGACACUCCAGGACUGUUUGACACAAACAUUGAUAAUGCUGAAACCAAGAAAGAGAUUAUUAAAUGCAUCUCCAUGGCAGCACCUGGUCCUCAUGUGUUCCUGCUGGUGCUGAAAAUAGGAAAUCGCUUCACACAAGAGGAGAGAGAGACAGUGAAAAUCAUUGAAAAGACUUUUGGGCAGAAAUCUAACAUUUACACUAUUGUGCUCUUCACUGGACGUGAUCAGCUAAAAGGACGGAAUAUUGAAGGGUACAUAGAAAAAGCUGGACCAUGGUUAAAGAGGCUUUUAUCAGAGUGUGGUAACAGAUACCAUGUUUUCAACAACAACGAUAAAUACAGCAACACCCAGGUCCUGACUCUUCUGGAUAAAAUUGACUCGAUGGUGAAGGUGAACGGAGGAGGCUGCUACACUAAUGAGAUGUUCCAGAAGGUGGAGGAAGCUCUAGAAGAAGAAAAGGAGAGAAUACUGAAGGAGAGAGAAGAGCAGAUAGAGAGAGAGAAAGAAGAACUGAAGACCAAAUAUGAAGCACAAAUGGAGAAAAUGAAAACAGAGAUACAGAAACAAAAAGAAAGACAAGAAGCAGAAGGGAGAAGAAAAGAAGAAGAAUUUAAACAGAAAGAAGAGAAAAUAAAAAGAGAAAUGUCAGAAAGGGAACAACAGGUAAGAGAGGACUUCAGGAAGAGAAGAGAAGAAGAUGACUUGAAGAUGAAGGAACGGAUUCAAGAAAUAAACAGAGAGAGAGAGGAGAACAGGAAACAGUGGGAGAGACAAAGAGAAGAAGAUCAGAAACGGAAAGAUCAGGAGGAGGAGGAAAGAAGGAGGAAAGAACAAGAAUGGAAGGAGCAACAGAGAGAGGAGAAUGAGAGGAUUAAACAAGAAAAAGAAGAAAUGAAAAAUAACAAAGAAAAACAAUUAAAGGAACUACAAAAAGAGUAUGAACAGAAGGCAGCAGAGGAGGAGAAGAGAAAAAGGGAUUUAGAGGAGAAAAUAAAGGAUGCAGAGGAAAGUAAAAAGAAGGAACUACAAGAUCUUCAGUUAUCUCAACAACAAGAGUGGGAACGAAUGAUGAAUAAAGAGGAGGAGAAGAGAAAACAACAGCAGAAGAACUGGGAGGAAAAAAUUGCUGCUAUGGAGGAAAAGUGGAGUUUAGAUCAGAUUAGGAAAGAGAAGCAAUAUGAGCGGGAAAAACAGAAAGAAAAGGAGGAGAGAGAUUUAAAAGAAAAGGAAAGAAAAGAGAAAGAAGAACAAGAAAAGAAAAUAGAAAAUGAUUACAAUGAAAAGAUAAGAAAGAUGGAAGAACAACUAAAGGUACAAAGAGAAAAAGAUGAGAGAGAAAGAAAGGAAAAAGAUGAAGAACACAAAAAGGAAAUGGAAGAACUACAGAAACAACAGGAAGAGUUCAGAAAGGAGAAAGAAGAGGAAGAAAGAAGACAGAACGAGGAGAAGGAGAGAAAUCUUGCCUUCAUUGAAGAGCAGCACAAGAAGGAGCUGGAGAACCUGAAGAUACAGACAGAGCAAGCAGCCAGGAGACAGGCAGAGGAAGAAUUUACUGCUCAACUUGAUGAAAAAGUUAAAGAGGCAAAAGAAGAAGGAAUUAAGGAGGGCCGUGCAAAAGUAGAGGCAGAAAGAACAAUACCAGGCAGAAUUGUAGAUCUAUUUGUAAAUAAUUGGUAAGAGUACAAAAAUGUAUGAAAACUUAUUAAAAUUAUAAAAUCUAUUUUGGUUUUGUUUUGCUGAGUGCAAAGUUUAAUCUUUGCAUAAUUAACAUCAGUACACAGACUGGCAACAAAAAGCCCUUAUCCAGAGUGACUUACAUUUAUCUCAUUUAUACAGCUGAGCAGUUGAGGGCUAAAGGCCUUGCUCAAGGACCCAACAGUCACAGGUUGGUUGAUUUGAACUCACAGCCUUCUGAUUUGUAUUGUUUGUGUUAAGAUAACAUGUAAGAUGAUUAAACUCAUUUUUUCUAAAGG